AACACUUUAACAACUGGGAAAUUACCCUUGUACCCACAUAUUAGAAGAAAAGUAGUACAACCCAAGCAAAAUGAAUGGAAGAACUUGCAAUAUGAACCACAGGUCAACUGGCACCCCUCAGGGACCUGGAAUAAUCAGUGGGCAGCAGAUACCACCCAUUAGAGUGCAUACAGGGACUCCUUGUCCAUCUUCUAACAGUGCAACCCCCAGUCCAGCUAAUGGCAACCUAUACAUAAAGAUGCCUCUUGGAGGUGGAGUAGCUCCUCAGUGCAGCGAAAGCACUAUUCACUUACCUGCUUUAAGUCCAAGGCGCCAAGUCAUAACUAACGGGAAGCCUGUUUUCCAAGUGCCACAGGCACCAAAUCUGCAGCCAUCUUCAUCAUCCAAGCCAAAGCAGCUGGAGUAUGGUCCACCGUUUUCUGCAAACCCAGGACAGGGGAGUUCUGCCUUUGGGCUACAGAGCAAGACUCAAGGAAAAGGCAGCUGCAACAAUCUCAUGGUCACCAGCAGUCCGAUGAUGGUGCAAAGACUGGGCCCAAUAUCUCCUCUAGCAAACCAGGCUGCAACAGCGUGCAAUCAGAUCAGCCCCAGCUUACAGAGGAACCUUAACCUCCAGCACUUAGCAAUACCUCCAUCUGAUACCAGGUCUCUAAUGUCACGAGAAUCUCUUGCCUCUACAACUUUAAGCCUUUCUGAAAGUCAUUCUACAAUGAGCGUUAAACAGGAAUGGUCCCAUGCAUACAGGAUCAUUCCUUCUAAUCAUGGCUCUCAGAAUAGUAGUGAGCCGGGUGACAUGCUUAGCAUUCCCCCAGGAACAUCUAUGUCCAAUAAUAGUGUCACCAAUUCAUUGCCUUCAUAUUUGUUUGGCAUGGAGAACAAUUCUUCACCUUAUCCUAGUCCUAGGCAUUCUUCUCCAAGAUCACAUUCAGCUCGAUCAAAGAAAAGAGCUCUUUCGUUGUCUCCUUUGUCUGAUGGUAUAGGAAUAGAUUUUAAUACCAUUAUCCGGACUUCACCAACCUCGUUAGUUGCAUACAUAAAUGGGUCAAGAGCUUCUCCGGCCACUAUGUCACCUCAGCCUGAAGUUUAUGGGCAUUUUUUAGGAGUCAGGGGGAGCUGCAUUCCUCCAACAUGUCCAGGAUUAAACUCUCAGAAAAGUCUUCUUGCUAUCAGUGAUAAUGUAUCCAUUCCUGAAAAUGAAUAUCAGCGUAUGCAGCAGCUGGAACAAAGCAACUUACAAUCUGAUCUUAUGAACAAUAUGGUGGUUCGGCAUGGCAUAGUUCUGAAUGAAGGACAGACAAUGGGAGUGUUAAAGAGUGAAAGGGUGGAUGACUUUCCAAAUGGCACAAUUGAAAUGUCAUCACAGACUCCUCUUGCUAUAGCAGCUCCUUCUCCUCAUCAAGGCCCACCACCACCUUAUCAUGCCCAUCAACACAUGCACCAACAUGACUUGUUAAAUCACUCCCACCAGCUGUCUCUUCCACCUCCUGCACAAAUUCCUCUACUUGAAGAGGAGGGAGAAAUAGAUGAUUUUAAUGGUAAGCACUGUUGCAGGUGGAUUGACUGUAGUGCUCUGUAUGAUCAGCGGGAGGAACUUGUACGGCACAUAGAAAAAGUACAUAUAGAUCAGAGGAAAGGGGAGGACUUUGCCUGUUUUUGGGCAGGCUGCCCCCGAAGAUAUAAGCCCUUUAAUGCACGGUAUAAACUUCUUAUUCACAUGCGAGUCCACUCUGGGGAAAAACCAAACAAGUGCACGUUUGAAGGUUGCAAGAAAGCAUUUUCGAGGCUUGAAAACCUGAAGAUUCACUUACGGAGUCACACGGGAGAAAAGCCUUAUCUGUGCCAGCAUCCUGGCUGUCAAAAAGCUUUCAGCAACUCCAGCGAUCGUGCCAAGCAUCAAAGGACGCACCUGGAUACUAAACCCUAUGCCUGUCAGAUUCCAGGAUGCAAUAAGCGCUACACAGACCCAAGUUCAUUACGAAAGCACGUAAAAGCUCAUUCUUCCAAAGACCAGCAGGCCAGGAAAAAGUUACGCCCAAGGACAGAGCUUGACCAAGAAGUUCUGAAUGAAUGUCUCACGAUUCAACCUCUUCAACCAGCCAUUUCUCCACAAGAUCCUACAGAGAAUUCAAUGGGAAAGUCACCUGGCCCUGUACAUGAUGUAUACCCAGCUGCCCUGUUCAACAGUUCUCAUCCAAGUAGAAGUGGAACUGCUUGUGGGAAUGUGCCUCAAUCUAUGCCUCUUGUUUCCAGCCACCCUUCUCCUGGGAGUAACUUGCAGUCCAGCCCUCAUAACCCAUCAUCCCAGCUACCUCCUUUAACACCCAUGGAACCAGGCUCUGAUAGAUUUUCACCUCAUCAUCUGAGCCCAAGGAGAAUGAAUGCUUCCUUAAAUAUGAUGCAGAGGCGAACUCCACAGCCCCCUCAAGUGCAAACAGGGGCAAAUUACUCAAAGACGUACCCAAUAGUAAAUGCUUCUGUGCAGCAAAAUGGUCUUUAUGUGCAAGGAUUUUAUGGCCAGCUGCAGACAUUUUGCUCCCCACAUUUCAGUGAUCCACAGCGGAACAUGCAGCAUAGCAGCACAUGCAGUAUGAUGCCUCCAUUUGAAGAAUGUUUGCCGCACAAUGGUGGGAACAAAACAGAUUUUGAUGCAUUUCACAGGGCAUUUUCUUCCCAGUCGGGUAUUGCAGUUUACGAUUUCCCAAGUGCCUCCGCUGGGCUUUUUGGUGACUCUCAACGAAAUAAUGUAGAAGAUACCAGCUUCCUCCAGAUUAACAUCAUUGACCGCUGCCCUAGCCAGCUGUCAUCUGUUUACACAGAGGGAUGAGAUCAGCUCUACCACAUCUUUACCACGGGUGACAAUC